CGUGGGACGCACGUCUGAGGGGUUUGGUUUAAGCGGUUAGGCAAAUCCCAACCGAGUUUCCCGCUAAAUACAGCAACAUGUACCUUCCUCCAAUCGCCAUUUCAGGAACCCAUUGCAGGGAGUCUCCUCCUCCUCCCCCUCCUCCCACUCCCCUCCUCUGUCUUUCCGGGCUUUCAAUCUCUUUGUUCUGUGCCUCGCUUACAUUUUCAUUCACAUUCCAGGUUUUUGAGGCUACUACGAAUUGACGGGAAGCGAUGUUCUGCUGCGGAGGUGUGGAGGAGGAAAAUUAUGGCGCGCCUUCGAGUCAAUAUUCAGCCCCACCGAGGGGAAAUACGUAUGGUGGCAGUGAGAGAGGAGAGCCCAGGAGCUCCAAUGUUGUCAGAGGUGGACCUCCUCAGCAAAUAUUGCCUAUUGAAACGCCAGUCAUUACACUGGAUGAACUAAACAGGUUAACAAGUAAUUUUGGUGCGAAAUCUUUCAUUGGAGAAGGUUCUUACGGUCGGGUUUAUUAUGCGACGUUAAAGUGCGGUCAGGCCGCUGCAAUAAAGAAACUGGAUACCAGUUCUUCACCGGAGCCCGACAACGAUUUUGCAGCUCAGCUAUCAGUUGUUUCUAGGCUCAAGCAAGAGAACUUUUUGGAGUUAAUUGGGUAUUGUUUGGAGGCUAAUAAUCGAAUCUUGAUAUAUCCGUUUGCAAAAAUGGGUUCUUUGCACGAUAUAUUACAUGGAAGAAAAGGAGUACAAGGGGCUGAGCCUGGUCCAGUGCUUACUUGGAGCCAGAGAGUUAAAGUUGCCUUUGGUGCAGCCAAAGGCCUUGAGUAUCUACAUGAGAAGGUUCAGCCUUCCAUAGUUCAUCGUGAUAUCCGGUCGAGUAAUGUUCUUCUCUUCGACGACUUCCUCGCGAAGAUUGCUGAUUUCAACUUGACAAAUCAAUCAUCGGAUACAGCAGCACGACUUCAUUCAACUAGAGUCUUAGGAACAUUCGGUUACCAUGCUCCAGAGUAUGCUAUGACAGGACAGAUUACUCAAAAGAGUGACGUUUAUAGUUUUGGCGUAGUUCUUCUCGAACUUUUGACAGGACGAAAGCCAGUAGAUCACACGAUGCCUAAGGGACAACAGAGUCUUGUUACUUGGGUAAGUCUUCCCUUUCUCCACUCUUCCUACUGCCUGCAGUAUACUCAGACUCAAUUAGCCAUUCAUAUUGUUCUGCAGGCAACACCAAGAUUAAGUGAGGACAAGGUGAAACAGUGUGUAGAUCCCAAGCUAAACAACGAUUACCCACCAAAAGCUAUAGCAAAGUUGGCAGCAGUUGCAGCCUUGUGUGUUCAGUACGAGGCUGACUUCAGGCCAAACAUGACAAUUGUGGUUAAGGCUCUCCAGCCGCUUCUAAAUUCUUCAAAACCACCAGGACCUGAAGCUCAACCUCGUCCAUGAGAUAAUACACAUUUUAGUU